GCCUGCCGGUCAUGCAUCUUCACCUACAUCAGAUCUUCCGCGUGAUUAAUAACAUUGGAAAUUUUCUGCAAUAACUGUAUACCGUACUACUGUACCACUGACCUCGACCGACACGUUGGCGACAUCGUAUUGCCGACUGUUAACGCUUAUUCUGUGUAGACAGUUUUUUAUAUACUAUACAGGCGCACAAUUAAAUUAAUAUGGUUUUACGGAAUUUGAAAUAUGUAUUACUGGGCGUGUUAUUUUGCGCCGGUGGGAUUCAUUCUUUGGGGAAGAAUGACGACGCGCAAAAGAAAAUCGUAAUUGACCCCCACCACAUUAAAGUGGUGGUGGUGGGAGCGGGAAUGGCUGGAUUAUCCGCCGCGCAGCGCUUACUGGAGAAGAAAUUCGAUGUAACGGUUCUGGAAGGCGGCGAGGCGAUCGGAGGACGUAUACAUUCCGUGCACCUGCCACCGGUAUCCCAAGGUUUCGUGGAAGAGGGCGCCCAAAUUGUCUAUGGUCAUGGCGAGUUGCCGACGUUGCUCCGCAAAGAAGGCUGGCUAAAAUCCGUGGGGGAAUUACGGGAGGUGUUCCUCACACGCCGAGAAGGCCAGUUGGUGUUUGAUUCUGCGGAAUAUCAAACGAUGAACGAAGUGGACUAUAUGGUGCGCAAUCUGUUCGAACCGUUUGAAAGCGACGAAUAUCCUGAGGAUGAGCGAAAACUGCGCAGUGUCGGAGCCCAUAUGGAUUUGAUGCUGAUGCAGUUACUUAUCGGCGAAGAAUUGGAAGGUCCCGAUAAGGAUUUCGCACUCGCUGCAUACGAUUCAAAUAUGCGAGGUCAGCGCAUGAUUGUUGGCGCCGACAGCUUGUAUGACGUGGCAGCCGAUGAAUACGUUGCCCUGAAGCUGGGAUCCAUGGAGGCGUCGGAACUGAACGUACCCUGGUCGAAAGUGGUGGAACUCUUCUCUAAGAACAUUUCCCAGUACAUCCAGACCAACAAACUAGUCAAACAGAUUGAAUUCAAAGCGAAAAAGGAUAUCGAAUAUCCAGUAACGGUAAAGUUGGCCGACGGGACCAAAAUUAAGGCGCACCACGUCAUCUUUACCGGCUCGUUGGGAGUACUGAAAGCCAGUCACGCUACACUGUUUUCCCCCAAUUUGUCCAAACAAAAGCAAAAGGCGCUGGCGUUGAUGGGAUUUGCCAAACAGGAGAAGCUGUUGAUUGUGUACGAGGAGGCUUUCUGGGAUAAAUUGGGCAUCGAUGAACCACAUACGUUGCGAUUGUUCUGGGAUGAUGACCUGAAACCGGACCAGGAGAGACGAUAUGACGACAAGCCUUGGUAUAGGACAAUCGAUGGCUUCAACACACUGUCCACAGCUCCCACCACGUUGGAAGCCAUUAUUGUAGGAAAGGCGGUUGAUCAAGUAGCCGAGUUGAGCGAUGAACAACUGGCCGACGAUAUUACGGAUGUGCUCAAGCGAUUCUUGAAGCGGGCGGAAUUGCCACGCCCGAAAUUCAUCAUGCGCACAUCCUAUACAAAGAAUCCGCUCUUUUUGGGAGCCAAGACCUAUUACUCCUUUGCCGCUAAAGAAGAGGGUUACGACUUCCGCAAUCUUUCCAAGCCAACCUGGCAGUAUCAGCAUCAAGGAAUUAAGGUGCCGGCUCUAAUGUUUGCCGGUGAAGCCACCCAUCCGCAGUAUUUCUCCACCGUUCAGGGUGCCGUCGAAUCGGGAUGGCGCGAAGCAAAAAGACUGCUGAAAUACUACAAUUUCGUGGAUAACAAAGAUACAACGGCGACUGAGUUGCCCGCAGAGACCGAAAGUGCGAAGUAACGCAGACUGGUUUUUACGUUUUGUUCUGUUCUUAAAGUGAUGUUCGUUGAUAGAGAAUUCGAUGCUGGUCAUCGACUGUUUUUGAGCAGGUGCUUUCUUAACUGGCAUAAAACAUACGUGAUGA